CAACCCUGUUUAGGGACGUGUACCUUAUGAAGCCUUAUUAUGCAUCCAUUUGCCUGCAUCGAAAGUGUUGUUAAAAUUAAAAGAUUUCAAUUUCACAACCUGUCACAUGAAUGACUACAGGAACCAGAAUGCACCACAACAGUCAGCCAAUAGUAUCGCAGGUUGUGUUGAGGAGUUGAAUGCACGCGGUGUUUCUUCACUUCCUGGUUUAAAGAUGGCGGAUGAGAAUGAGACAGCACCGAAGCCGGAGAAAGAAGAGGAGGUAGAAGAAGACCAUGGACAUUGCAGUGAUUGCGAAAAUGAAGAGCAUCACUUUGAUGAUGGUGACAAGGUCCAGGGAGAUGACAGCGGUGCCAAGAAGAAGAAAAACAAAAAGAAGAAGAAGAAGUCUGGGGCAAAUAAAGAACCUGCAGAGGAGGAUCCGCUAGGCAAGGUAGAUGUGAACUCGCUGCCUGCUGAUAAGCUGCAGGAGAUCCAAAAGGCAAUUGAACUUUUCUCUGUAGGCCAGGGCCCUGCCAAAACCAUGGAGGAGGCAAGCCGACGCAGCUACCAGUUCUGGGACACACAGCCCGUCCCCAAGCUAGGGGAGAUGGUGACAUCACAUGGUUCCAUCGAGCCUGACAAAGACAACAUCCGGGAGGAGCCCUACAGCCUUCCUCCAGGCUUCACGUGGGACGCCUUGGACCUGGGCAACGCCGCUGUGCUGAAGGAGCUGUACACUCUGCUCAAUGAGAACUACGUGGAGGAUGAUGACAACAUGUUCCGCUUCGACUACUCCCCAGAGUUCCUGCUCUGGGCUCUGCGCCCCCCCGGCUGGCUGCCCCAGUGGCACUGUGGGGUGAGGGUGAACUCCAACCAGAAGCUGGUGGGCUUCAUCAGUGCCAUCCCUGCCAACAUCCGCAUCUAUGACCAAGAUAAGAAGAUGGUGGAGAUCAACUUCCUGUGCGUCCACAAGAAGCUGCGCUCCAAGCGGGUAGCGCCAGUCCUGAUCCGAGAGAUCACCAGACGGGUCAACCUGAAGGGCAUCUUCCAGGCUGUCUACACCGCUGGUGUGGUACUGCCCAAACCUGUGGGCACCUGCAGGUACUGGCAUCGCUCUCUGAACCCACGCAAGCUGAUCGAGGUGAAGUUCUCUCACCUGAGCCGGAACAUGACUAUGCAACGCACCAUGAAGCUGUACCGUCUGAAUGAGUCCCCAAAGACGUCUGGCUUGCGGCCGAUGACCAGGAAGGAUGUCCCAGCCGUGCAUCGCCUGCUCCUGGAGUACCUGAGCCAGUUCCACCUGGCCCCUGUCAUGAGCCCCGAGGAAGUGGAACACUGGCUGCUGCCCCAGGAGAGCAUCAUUGACACCUACCUGGUCGUAUCCUCUGGGGGAAAGGUGACGGACUUCCUGAGCUUCUACACGCUCCCCUCUACUAUCAUGAACCAUCCAGUGCACCGCAGCCUCAAGGCAGCCUACUCCUUCUACAACGUGCACACCACCACCACCCUGCUGGACCUGAUGUCUGACGCACUCAUUCUGGCCAAGUCGAAAGGGUUUGACGUUUUCAAUGCACUGGACCUGAUGGAGAAUAAGACUUUCCUUGAGAAGCUCAAGUUUGGCAUCGGAGAUGGGAAUCUACAGUAUUAUCUGUACAAUUGGAAGUGUCCUAGCAUGGGAUCAGAGAAGGUUGGCUUAGUACUACAGUGACAUCCACCCCCCCCACUGACCGUCACAGUUAGGCCAGGAGACCACAAAACGCACUGACCACCUGACAGAUGGACCGAUGGACUUCCUGCUUCAGGAAAGAGAACCCACCGCCCAUUUUUACUUCUUGACCUUUGAACUUUGACCUGCACUACCGCUGCCAGGCAGGGAGUCGGGGGAGUUGGUCCUUCUCCAUGCUCUCUCCCUCCCAUCACAUGGACCUUAAGCCAUUUUAGUUACCAUCCCAACUGAAGUCUGUCAUGAUUGUUCUAGAUAUCUUAUACACACACUGCACAAUUCGCCAAAUAACACACACGUGUAACUACACAACAUACAUGUACAGUAAGACAGACAUGACAGGAAAAUUAUACUAACGCAUACUGACCCAGGGGUAGGCAACUCCAGUCCUCCGGGGCCUGAUUGGUGUCACAUUUUGUCUUCAUCACUAGCAAACACAGCUGAUUUAAUCAAAUUGUAUUCUAAACUGAAAAUCGUGAUUAUUGGAGUCAGGUGUGUUAGCUGUGGCUGGGGCAAAACUGGGACACCAAGUAGGCCCUCGACUGGAAUUGCCCACCCCUGCACUAGACGCUAACAUUUUAUAUUCAUUCAUGUGUGCAAUGCGCUUUUUCAAAACAAAUCUCUCAUCAUCCCCGAAGUACAGUGUUAGAGAGAAAAAAAUUGAAACAAUCAAAAA